AGCACGGGUUUGUAACUAGUUAUAAUAAAAAAUGUAAUUAAGUUCCAUCAUAAGACAAAAAUAUUCAUCACUUGGGUGAAGGUUGAGAAACAGAAACAAUGGUUGGUACUGGAAAAUGCUUUCUAGUGACAGGUCCUCCGGGUGUGGGAAAAAGCACUCUUAUUAUGAGAGUCUUCGAAUCCCUCAAAGCCUCAAACCCCACACUUAAGGUUCAGGGUUUCUACACACGUGAAGUUAGAGUUGCAGGUGAGAGGGUUGGUUUUGAAGUUGUCACUCUUGAUGGUCGCACUUGCCCACUUGCAUCCUCCAAUUUUUCAAGCCAAGAGUCUCACAGAUGGCCUAAUGUUGGGAAGUAUAAAGUUGAUGUUGCAUCUUUCGAGUCACUAGCACUGCUCGAGUUGCAGGUUAGAGAAGACACUGAUCUUUUCAUCAUUGACGAAGUUGGUAAGAUGGAGUUAUACAGUUCGUCGUUCUUCCCUGCAGUUCUAAAAGUUUUGGAGUCAAAUAUUCCAAUUUUGGCUUCCAUUCCAGUUCCAAAAUUUGGCAGAGAUAUACCUGCAGAUGGAACAAAUCUGUCACGAGAUUUGAUAGGCAGAAAUCUGGAAGAUCAAUUGAUGUUUGAAGCCCCCUAUUUGCUGAACCUGCAAAUUUUCUCUCUACAUUUUGGCAGUUGCAAGGUUAAAGAAUCAUGCAGGAGCAACUUUGUUUACAUUGAGUGUUAGCAACAGAGAUGCCGUUAGAGAACAGAUGCGGUCACUUUUGGAAGAUCUGUUGAAAAAGCAUUAGUCAUUGCAAAGUUUGUCUUCUGAACUCAUGCUAUGUGGAAUUUUCUUUAAGUUCUAAUUGCGUUGUGAUAGGGAUCACAUCUGUCACAACUCAUGGCCAUGGGCUAAUAUUUCAAUUAGUGAAAUAAAAGUAGAAAAUCUCAAUGCAAUUUGGAUGUAACCUUUUAACUGUCAUGUUUAAGAGUUGGCAUUUAAAUUUGCUAUUGUGUGUAUGUGUAAAUAUUCCUAGGUGAAAACAGUUCUACCAAAAUAAUUAUUCUCUCCAAAGAGUGAGAAAAGAGAGAAAA